UGCAACUCACUGUACAAGGUCGCCCAUGGAUCUUUCAAUGUGCAGAUACUUGGAGAGCUGCCUGAUAGUGACCCAUUGGCUUGAAGCGUUGGAUUUUUGGUUUAGUUCUGUUAUUUGUUCUUAGCGUGCAAUUGGCUUCCCAUAGUCUUGUGUCAAGUCAAUGCGAACGGCCCAAAGGCGCGAAAAUAGAGUCACAGAGAGAGAGAGAGAGAGAGAGAGAGAGAGGGAGGGAGGGAGGGAACGCUAGGCGGUAAUCUGAGUUAACAUAAUUACAUAAAGUCGCGACCUUGACUCGAGCAGUUUUUUCUGGACUAGAGCAGUUUUUUUGUGAAUCAAGGAUGAACUUGUUCAGGUUGGCUGGGGAUUUCUCUCACCUUCUUAGCAUAGUGGUUCUUCUCCUCAAGAUUCGAACCACUAAGUCCUGUGCAGGGAUUUCACUCAAGACUCAGGAACUCUAUGUUAUUGUUUUCAUUACUCGAUAUCUCGACUUGUUCACAAAUUUCUAUUCCUUCUACAACAUUGUGAUGAAGCUAGUUUUCAUUGGAAGUUCGAUUGGCAUAGUCUGGUACAUGAGAUACCAUAAAGUUGUGAAGCAGACAUACAACAAGGAUCAAGAUACUUUCAGGCAUUAUAUUCUUGUUUUGGUGUGCUUCUUGCUGGCCAUUUUGAUCCCCCACGAGUUUACUGUAGUGGAGGUGUUGUGGACAUUUUCUAUAUAUCUUGAAGCAGUGGCUAUUCUUCCACAAUUAGGAUUACUGCAAAGGUCAAGCAAUAUUGACAAUCUCACUGGGAAAUAUGUAUUCCUUCUUGGCACAUACCGGGCCCUAUACAUCCUCAAUUGGAUUUACCGCUACUUCACCGAGAUUCACAAAGUCCGAUGGAUACCUUGGAUCUCAGGCCUAGUUCAGACUGCUCUUUAUGCAGACUUUUUCUACUACUAUAUGAAGAGCUGGAAAAACAAUGAGACGCUGAAGCUUCCUGCUUGAAAUGUUGCAGUGUCCUGAUAGCACAUAGCUUAGUGUCACGGGUCUUUGGACACAGCCAUUGGUCUCUGUUGAAAGCUGUUUGCCUUUGUAAGAUAAGGACAGUGAAAAUAUUUAGUCAUAUCACUCUCCAUUGUGAACUUUAUGUACUUGUUAGUAUACUACCAAAUACAACCAACUUUAUUCGCCCCAAAUAA